GAAUGCAUGCGGAGGUGCAAAAUAAGGGGUGGGUCUUGUAGACUCUACAAAAUGGCUACAAGAUAUAGCCAGCUCAAUAUUGAUACUGAUACUCUGAAGCAGAAGACUGGGGUAACAGACACCCAGCUAGACCAAACAAUUGAGCAGGAACAAUUGUGGAGCCUGGCUGGUUUACUUGGCAGCUAUGAUAAGUUUGUUAGAAAGCCAGGGUUUGAUCUCAAUAAUGCCGAUAUAGCAGAUCUGAAGGAUUGUGCCUUUAGGAAUGGCUAUCAACAGGCCAUGUAUGAAGCUCUGAGAAAAUGGGAAAACAUAAUCCUUGACUUCACUUAUCGGUCGUUGUUGGAGAUUUUGAUUAGUCUUCGUGAAGGAGCUUUGGCUGACCAAGUGUGUAGGACUUUCAUCCAGACACAAGCCAGUGAGCUGAAUAAAGAAAACGCUGUGUCCUUGUCACCUGCACCAGGCACUACAACUGCUGACUGCAUAAAAAAAUUUGAAACGAGGUUUAUGGAUCUACGAAAGGUGGCUCUCAAAGAAAUAACUGAGAAACAAAUAUCUGUGACUGAUUUCCGCCAAACACUCAUGAUAUUGCCAAGCUCUAUGACAAAUGAAAAUAAAGAUUUUAUCAUAUCGAAGUAUUCCUUGUUUGAAAAAGCAGAGUCAAUCGAAAGCAUCUUUUUGCAUCUCAAUUUCUACCUAAGCUUUAUUGACUUCAGCCUUCUUGAGCAUAUCAUAGAGCAAUUUGGUAGUGAUAGUCUGAAACGAGACAUGAGCAGCUAUGCAGAAGACAUGAGACAGUUCAGAAUCAAAACCUCUGUUAGCAAAGUACUUAACUAUCUUCCGAGAAUUUCAGAUGCUCCUGCAGAUCACUCUCGUCUAACAGUGAAGUUUAAUGUUGAUGUUCAGACUGCAACUCUUGAAGAUGUAGACACAUACAGGAAACGUUUCGCUAGUGAUUUUUUGCUCUCCCAGCUAGCCCUUUCUUUGUUUGACCUCCAGGAAAGCUCACUACUGGUUACAUGGCUAGUGCCUGCUGCUGUAGGAGCAAUGAUCAGUGACCAAGUGCAGAAGAAAACGGCUUCUUUUAACAAUAUUCUCAAGCUAUCACUUGAAGGAGAAUGUCUCUACCCUUUCAUGCCAAAGGUAAAGGUUAGUCAAUCAGAGGGAUCUAGUAGUCCUAUGAUUAAAGCUGGAGCUAUGAUGCUCACUCGUAAACCACAUCAAAGAAUAGCGGAUGAAAUGAAGCGAACAAUCGACAUCGAACCUAAUCAUCAUGGACUGGCUAUUGUUGUACCAUAUUAUACGUUGUUGGACCUAACGAACAUGCUCAGGAAGAAAUUGAGAUUUGAUAUUUACGAGCCUCGAAAUAAACGAUCCCUAAAGUCAUACAUGCAAGCUGUAGAUCUUGUGGAGCUGAAACACCAUCCCAUAAUAGUGGUGGUAUCUGGAGUUGGAGUGAGUGAUAAUGAUCUAUACACUGUUAUUGGUGACAUCGACAUCAAGGAAGAUAUUAUGGCACCACUAUUCCCUCCUAUUGCCACACACCUUGCUGACAACCCAAAGAUAUUCCUGUUUAUUGCCAGAUCCGACUCUUCUGAACGCCGUGCUCUACAUUUCGUUGAAGCAAUCUGGGAAAACUGCAUUAUUGGUUAUAUUGCAUGUGGUGGUCUCAGUGUUAUGCGGUGGUUGGAACACAUCGUACGGGACGAACUGGCAUCCUCUUCUAUGUCUGUGCAAGAGAUCUUCACUUCAAUUAGUGACCAACUUCUACCCAUUGUUACCAUGACUGUGGUCGACCGUCUCAAGGAGCCAUUCUACUUGCAUCCUCGUGAACCUGAGCUAAUCAUCGGAUCACAAGAAUCAUCCGGGGAGUCCAGUUGUCUAUCACAUUCAAGUGGACUAUCAGUCGCUGAACAAUCGCAUCUACUGGAACAACCAACCAAGAAGCUCAAGACUGAAGUAUCACCUGAGUCGAGUGAGAAACUCCAAAUUGAUGAAGACUUAUAGUGCUCACCUUAUUAUUAUAUACAACGCACCUGUAUAAUCAUGUGUAAUUCUGUUCGAGCAAAUUCUUUAUAUUUUUUGUACAAAUUGCAAGUAAUUAUUGACAACAGCA